UACGGCUUCUCUAUUUUCUUUCUCCAGGGCAGGGCAGGCAAUGGCCUGUCCUUAUUGUAGAAUUCUGUGUUUUUGUAUCAUGCAUCUUAUUGUAGAAUUCUUCACCAAGAAUAUUUAGCUUUGCCAUUGAGGUGCUAACAUGGUUUAUUUUGCUGAUCAAUCACGUAUCCAGGAAUCCUUGAAGAGCUGUGCUGGUCUAAAAUGACUUCCAAUGGUGGGUCGGGAGACGGCCAUGCCAAGCAGCCCCUUUUCUCCUUCGGUGUCAUAACCGAUAUCCAGUAUGCCGAUAUUCCGAACGGCCACUCAUUCCAUGGCGUCCCGCGAUACUAUCGCCAUAGCAUUCAGGUUUUACAAAGAGCAGUGCGCCAAUGGAAUGAUGAUCAGAAGAAGAAGAAGGUCCAGUUCUCCAUGAAUUUUGGGGAUAUUGUCGAUGGCUAUUGCCCAAAGUCCGAGUCACUCAGUGCCGUGCAGAAAGUCGUCAAAGAGUUUGAGCGGUUCAACGGACCGACCUACCACAUGAUAGGCAACCACUGCCUUUACAAUCUCCCUCGCAAUCAGUUGAUUUCGUUGCUCAAUUUGCCCUCUGAAUCUGACCAUUUGUACUACGACUUCUCCCCUAGUCCGGAGUACAGAUUCGUCGUUCUCGAUCCGUAUGACAUCAGUGCAAUUGGCUGGCCGCAUGAUCAUCCGAAUACACUGGCAGCUAGUCGAAUUCUCAAGGCCAAGAAUCCCAACGCCGACAAGAACAAUCCGGCCGGCAUGGAAGGUCUUGAACAGAGGUUCGUGAUGUUUAAUGGAGCUCUCGGCAAGGAUCAAUUGCGUUGGCUCGAUGAUGUGCUCCGUGAAUCCACGAAGAAGAAGCAGAAGGUCAUCGUGUGCUGUCAUCUCCCUCUUUAUCCUGAAGCAGCAUCGGCAUUGGCACUCCCGUGGAACUAUGAAGAUGUGCUGACUUUGAUCCAUCGGUAUGGAUGCGUGAAGGCUUGCCUUUCCGGUCACGACCAUAAGGGCGGCUACGCCGUCGACUCUCAUGGAAUCCAUCACCGUGUUCUUGAGGCUGCUCUGGAGUGUCCUCUCGGAUCAAAUGCAUUUGGAUGUAUCGACGUUUACGACGAUAGACUUUCUCUCGUAGGAACUGACAGAUUGAAGAGUACAGAGAUGGCCUUCAGGUAACUAGACGAUGCAGCAAAAUAGUGCAUAACUCAGUAGUCUCUUAAUUAGAAGCCUUUCUAAAAUGGAAGUAGAGAUUUUUUUUUCAGCAAUUUUUAGGAAUAUGUUGAUAGAAAACAAAAAGAUUCAAAAUCU